AGUGGUGGCGACGCACAAGUCGAGGCACAGUUUUGCGCUGCAGCGGCGGUUUUAAUACGACAGCGGGAGGUGGCGGGGAUAACCUGGCGCGGCAGGUAAGUUGUGUAGAGCCUGAAAUAGACAUCAAAAUGGGUACGACGAACGCACAAACCAAUUCAGGACACGCACACGACGAGGCUCACUCGAGGGGAAGUUCGAUCGACACGUUCUUCGCUGAGACGGUGAUCCUCUUAACUGGCGCUACCGGUUUCUUGGGAAAAGCUCUUCUGGAAAAGCUGCUGCGCUCGUGUCCCCGGGUGGCCACAAUUUUCGUUCUCAUCCGUCCAAAAAAGGGGCAGACCGUCGAGGAACGUUUUAAGGAACUACUGAACAAUCCCGUUUUCGAGAGGAUACGAUCAGAGUUUCCGGGCGCAUUGAACAAGAUCUUCCCCGUGAAGGGUGACGUAGGUCUGCCGGAGUUGGGACUCGAGCCCGAAGAUAGGGAUAUGCUGAUACAAAGAGUUAACAUCGUGUUCCAUGGCGCGGCCACCGUGCGUUUCAACGAGCCUCUGAAAAUCGCCGUUAAUCUGAACACGAUGGGCACCGAUCGCAUGCUGGACUUGUGUAAGCGCAUGACAAACCUUAUUAGUGUCAUUCACGUCAGCACGGCCUACAGCAAUGCCGAUCGACGGGAGAUUGAUGAAUCUAUAUACAUAUGGGGCGAAUUUGGAUAUCUUACGAGGAAACACGCUAUAGAAUCGCCAUCGAAGUACGUGAUGUGGUAUCCAGACUUCACAUUUAGGACAAACAAAUUUAUUCACGCUAUCAUAGUGGCCACGUUGCACUUUGUACCUGCAUUCAUCGUAGAUCUUAUAUUAAGGGCUCAAGGUUGCAAACCUAUAAUGGUGAAGAUCACCAAGCGGUUCGAACGCGCCGCUAAAACCGGAGAAUUCUUCGCAAUGAACGAGUGGAAAUUUUAUACGGGUAACAUGAUGAAACUGGUGAAAUUUGUAAGAGCGUCGGGAGAGUGUGGGAAAUUCGACGUGGAUAUUGGAAAUGUCGAUUGGGAUGUGUACUUGCAUCAGUACAUGCUAGGAAUCCGAAAGUAUAUUCUGAAAGACAAUCUAGACACAUUAAAUAACGCCCGAAAUCGAUUAUCGAAGUUGUACUGGAUGCAUAAAUGCACCAAAAUACUCAGUAUACUCGUGUUAUUAGGAAUGAUCAGAUGCGCCGGUCGGUGAUGUCAUCGAAAGCAUGAAUCGCGAUUCGCGCGAUCCGAGAAACGCUGCAGAAAUAUUGUGAGGGAAAAUAUCACGAGAACUGGAGACAUGACUCACGCUUUAUUUUGAACUAGCUAAAAUCUUGGUCAAAUAUUAAUAUAUUAAUUAAAUCAAAUAUUAGCGGAAGGGAAAAGACUGUUUUGAAAAAUAUUGGAUACAGAAUCCUAUACAGAUACUAUACUUAUAGAUCUGUAUUUUUCAACGGAACUUCUUGCAUGGUUCACGUUUCUCUCUAAGCUGGCUAAAGAAAAGAGAAGAAAGAAAUUUCGCUAAAAUGGUCUAUUAUUAGAACGCUCAUUUAAGACAUUUCUUCGUAUGUAUUACUUCACACUUUCCACAGUACUGAAUUAAGCUUCGCAGCGCCGUUUCGAUCUCUUAACAUACGACUGACGCGUACACGGAAAUACAAUAUGUGUCCAUUUUUUUCGGCUGUUCCACCGAUAUAUGUUCAAAGUCCAUCAAGUGAUAGAAUUAGAAACAAGGACUUGCAAACGCUUCUUUGUGAAUCCGCAUUGAAACAUCUCUUCUGCCAAUAAUUAAUCAUGUUGUUGCAUCAUGGAAGAAUAGUAACGUAUUUUGAAUAAUUAAGUAUUUUUCAUGAUAUUGAUGUAUAUCAGAGAAAUGAAGCUUUAUAGCUUCCCUAUCAAAUAAUCACUAUGUUUUGUAUCUCGUUUAAAUUGUUGCGAGCCAACUCUUUGAAUCUUAUGAUAUUGAAAUAUUAAAGUAAAAUCACAUUUCUCCGAAAAAUCACAUUUUUCCAGCGCUCACAGAUCAGAUCAUAUCAAGCGUUAUAUCGAUCAUAUCACGUUACAUAUGCAUAUACAAAUUAAACUCUACGCAUAGUAUAUAAUACGAAUAAUCGCAGUUUUUAAAUAUAAUAUUACUUGUGCGAAGACUGACCUUAAUCAAAAUAUUCUAAAAAAUGAUACGAAAAACGAAGGACCUGCACUAUUGCCUUAUUAAUUAUUAUUAAUCAGUCAAAACAAAAUUAAUUUUAAUAAAAGCAAAAUUAUUUUUGCUAUAAUCCAAAGAUAUUCUAAUGAUUGAACCAAUAAAUUAUAUAUGCAUAUUAUCCUUAGGUACAGAUCAAUUUGUUCAUAAUAAGAAAGAAAAAAACAGAAUAUCUUUUUAGAUGUGGUGUCAUAUGUGUGAGAAAUGAUUAUCACACAUUUAUCUCUUUGCAAAACCAAAUGAGAAAUUAUAGGCAACUAUAACAGAUCAAUCACGAUAACUUGUUACUUUUCGUAUCAGCUAAUUAUGUUGACAAAAAAAAAUGCGAAGACCUAAAUAUACGUAUAGCUGUAACAUAUCAUUAUACUGUAAUGACGUUACACUCUAUUAUUAUAUAAUGGUGAAUAAUUGUGAGUAUAUUUUAUAUAUAGUUCCCCCGAUAUUAUUAAACACAAAAAUUUUUUUGAUAGAUUUAUCUUUAGGGCCGAGGAUGACAGCUAUUUUUAUUGCUACACAUCUAAAAUAGAAUUUUCUCUUUUAUUUUGAACUAAUAAAAAUACAGUGAUAACAUUCGCCAAAUAUUAUCUUUGUAAAAUAUAAAAAAUAUCUUUUUAUAUUUCGUUUAGCCACUAUUGGAGACUAUUAUAGCCUCUAAUUAAAAUAAUAAUAUUAUGUAAUUUUUAAAUUAAAGUUCAUUAUUAAUAAACAAUUAAAAUGAAAUUUUUAUAACAGAAGUAGAAAACACGUCUGAUUUUCUUGCUGUUGCAUCUACACUCGCUAUCGCAGAUUCAUAUUUUUUCAUAAACAUUGUAAAUGGUAAGUGAAUGACGUAUUGUUACAACAAAUCCAUUUUGUAGGCAAUUAUUUUCUUUACGUGUUUCAAUCUAUUACAACAAUGAUGAGUUGUAACAUAUAAAUCUGAUUAUGAGAAGACAAUAAAUUAAAAAAGAAUAUGUGUCUAAUAAUAUGGCAAGGAACUGUAUAAUAUAUAUAUUUACAAUUUGAUUUCUAUAUGGAGUAUUAAUGCACGGGCUAUUUUAGAAAAACGGCAUCCGUCGGUUCGAACAUUCGCAAUAUGUAUAUAGUUUAUUUACUAUUUUCUAAUUCUUAUUUGAUGUAUUAUACAACUUAAAAAUAUGUAUUAAUUGUUAGGUAAAAUGGAAAAAAAACUUCAUUCAAUCACAAAAUAUAGCAUCGUAAAAGAAUGACAAUGUUAUGAUUUUUAUCAAUUCUCAAGACGAAUAUUUAAUCAUAUAUCAAACGCAUCCUUGAACAUGAGCAUUUAAGUAUCUAAAUUACUUUCUUUGCGCGUAAUAACAUAUAUAUAUUGUAGAUAAGCAUGAAUAAACUAAUGGAAUACAUUUUUAUUAAGCAACGUCAUAACUAUGUUUUUAUAUAAAUAUAAUACAUUAAUGUGUAUAAUGUAUAUUGUAUACCGUUAUCCUAUAGGUAUCAAAACUUGUACAAGACUUGUAAUUACAUAAAACACAUUUGUAAUUAA